CGGGUCGCAUGAAACGACGCUGCGGUCGUCGUUGUCGUCUUCCUCGGCUCAUCGCUCCCCUGGAGCUCGGCUUCGAAACCCUAAAAUGUCGGCGACGGGCGAUGCGUAUUGGCUCGGGAAGAAGCCCCCGAAGCGCCUCGGGGGAAUGGCUGAAGCCCUCUCCAUCGCCUCCGAUCUCGGGUUCACUCUCCCUGCCCUUCAGGACGAUCAAACCAACUCCUUCGCCGCAGACAAAAGCGACGACUUGAUAAAGGUUUUGAAAGAGCUUACUUCGGUUCAGCGGAACAUCGCCAAUUUGCAAGUGGAACUUCAAGGAAGAAAGGAUGAUAAAAACAUUGCACAUCUAACCCAUGUGAGUGAAAUGGAAAAUAAGUGCGAGUCCUUGGCCAGAAUUACUGCUAUUUUGAAAGAUGUCAUUCAAAACAAGGACCGUAUCAUUGCUCGGCUGCAACAACCAUACUCUCUCGACUGCAUUCCUGUGGAAGCUGAAUAUCAGAAACAAUUCUCAGAGCUGUUGCUGAAGGCUGCCAGCGACUAUGGGGCUUUGACAGCAGCUGUUGCUGAUUUUCAGUGGAGCCAGAAUUUCAGAGAAUCACCUUCAGUUUGGGGGGAAAUGCUACGCCCUAUACCUGCGGCUCUUGCAUCAUGCACACGAUUCUUUGAGGCAAUGUCUGCGAUGAGGGAGUCUUUCGCAACUCUCCAACAGCUUCGUGUGGGCCCUAUUUCGUCGGCCCCAAUGACACCAAGUGACUCUUCCGAUGGGGUUAAUAAUUCCAAGUUCUUGACGCCUCCUCAGUGGAGAGAAGGGACGACAAGCUCUGAUGAUUCAACAGGCGAGGAGAGAGAAGUUCUUGAAGGAAUAAACCAGAGGAGGUUAUCGUGGCCCCCCUCUCGGGCCUCAUGAUGGGUAUUAGAUAGAACGGAGGGUAGAUCUCGAGGUCUCCGUAGCUGAUAUGGUGGACGAGGUCCAGGCAUCAAAUUCUUCUCUGAAAGGGCCUAAGAUGUCACCUCGUGUGGCUUGAUCUGCGGUGAUGGAGUUUGAUAACUAACUUAGUUUACAUUACUGAUGCUUCACAUAUUUUGAGUAUUAGCUGUUGUAGUGCAUGAUUUAGGGCUUCAAUAUGGGAUUUUUUUUGAAGGACUUGGCACUUUGUACAAGAUAUCUCACGUAAGUGAUUCGGGUUGUUGGUUUGGGUUUAAAAUGUACUGUUUUUCAUUGAAGAGCAUGUAAUUUAAUUCUUAGGAUAUAUUAUGGUAUUUUUCGCUAUUCUCUUGAUUUAA